CCGUAAAUGCGUAAAUUGCUAACGUGAACUGUACUCUUCUGAAACCAGUAUCAUAUUAUAGUGCCUGUUUUUACCCGCAGAUUGUGAAAGACCGGUACAAAACGGAGAGUUAACUGUGUUUAAAUCUCAAAAAUCUUUGAUCCGAAACAAAGUUAUAUGGUGUAGAUAUGAUUACGUAGAGGUACAAAACAACGAUUAUUCUUAUAGUGUUUGGAUUAAAAGGCUCUCAGCUUCUCAGUGACUAAAUACUACCAUUCAAAAACUUAGGAGAAACAAUCUCCUGGUACAGUGGACUAAUAAUGUCGGGGAGUUAUCGGUUCAAUCACGCUGAGAAUUCCUGGUAUAAUGUCCAUAAGCUGCAUCUUCCUGACCAUGAUUAUACUAACAAGGCUAAUUCUUGGUACUCACAGAGUGACCCUGGUGUAAAGAAUGGUGAAAGAAAAGAUGGAAUGGUCUCUGGUGGACUUGCCUACUACGACAAUGCCACAUACAGUGGCCCACAUACUAAUAAAGGGUCCUUCGCCAGGGGCUCAGAUGAGCACUCUGAUGAUACUUACAGAAAGAAGAGAAGUAGAUGUUUGCUAGCAAUCAUUAUUAUAGUUCUCCUGUUAGUCAUAGGUAUUGCAGUAUUUCUUGGCAUAUAUUUUGGAAUAAUGGACAAGCCAGACACAGUUUCUAAGGAAUCACAGUAUGAAAAAGGAAAGUUUCAGACUUCCAUGAAAAUCAAUAAACCAUAUGAUGCUGCAUAUGCCAAUCAAAAUAGUCAACAAUAUAAAGACAUGAAAGCAAAACUAGAAGGACAGUUAGCAUCUAUGUACCAAGGAUCUGCUUUAAAGAAUGACUUUCAAGGAGUAACAGUAACGGGUUUAAGCCAAGGCAGUAUAGUAGCAGAUUAUAUAAUUACAUUAAACCCAAAUACAGUACAGACAGUUUCCACUGUACAGCAAGCUACAGAACAAAGUGUACAACAAAUAAAGGCUGAUUCAUCAUCUUCAUCUGAUUUGAUGAAGGCUGUAGAUCAAGUUACUGUGACAGUAGUCGUUGUGUCACAAACAACAACAACUACUACUCCAACUACUACCACAACCAAGGCAACAACUACAUUGGAUGUGACAACAGAAGGUGCACAGCCAACAACAACUACCAUCAAAGCUCCAACUACUACCACUACAAAGGCAACAACUGCAGAAGUUUUAACAACAGAAGAUGCUCAGCCAUCAAUGACAACAACCAAGGCCCCAACUACUACCACUACUAAGACAACAACCACAGAGGUUUUAACAACAGAAGGUGAUCAGCCGUCAACGACAACAAGCAAAACUCCAACUACUACCACUACUGAGGCAACAACUGAAGAAGUUUUAACAACAGAAGAUAAUAAGAUACCAAUGACAACAACAACCAUCACACCAACUACAGGUACUACUAAGUUAGCUAUUACUGAAGCUGAAACAACAAAACAAAUUACUCAACAACAAAGUACACAAUCAGUUGUUACUGAAGCUAAAAAAACAACACAAUCUGUUGUUACCCAAGAACAAACAACUGCAGAAAAUCUUGUUACUCAAGAACAUACAACUGCAGAAAAUAUUAUUACUCAAGACAAGACAACAACACAAUAUGUUGUUACCCCAGAACAAACAACUGCAGAAAAUGUUAUAACUCAAGACAAGACAACAACACAAUAUGUUGUUACCCCAGAACAAACAACUGCAGAAAAUGUUAUUACUCAAGACAAGACAACAACACAAUAUGUUGUUACCCCAGAACAAACAACUGCAGAAAAUGUUAUUACUCAAGACAAGACAACAACACAAUAUGUUGUUACCCCAGAACAAACAACUGCAGAAAAUGUUAUUACUCAAGACAAGACAACAACACAAUAUGUUGUUACCCCAGAACAAACAACUGCAGAAAAUGUUAUUACUCAAGACAAGACAACAACACAAUAUGUUGUUACCCCAGAACAAACAACUGCAGAAAAUGUUAUUACUCAAGACAAGACAACAACACAAUAUGUUGUUACCCCAGAACAAACAACUGCAGAAAAUGUUAUUACUCAAGACAAAACAACAACACAAUAUGUUGUUACCCCAGAACAAACAACUGCAGAAAAUGUUAUUACUCAAGACAAGACAACAACACAAUAUGUUGUUACCCCAGAACAAACAACUGCAGAAAAUGUUAUUACUCAAGACAAGACAACAGCAGAAUUUGUUGUUUCCCAAGAACAAACGACAUCCCAAAUUGAGGCAACAACAAUGCCACCAUCAGAUGUUCCAUCAGUUUCAUUAUCCAAAGUAUCCUACAGUGUUGCUAGUGGCAGUGUGACCUUGGAAUGUAGUGUGACCUCUACCUUAUCUGUUACCAAUGUAUUCUGGCAGAGACAAGUACUUGGUGAUAUAGAAACAAUCAAUUCUCAAACAAAUAUCACCAAAUACACUGGUAGUAGUACCAGCAAUCCAUCCUUGACCAUUUUAAAUGCCCUGCCAAGUGAUGAAGGAUCUUAUGUGUGUUUUGCUUCUAGUUCUGGAGGUCAAGGUCACAGUGGCAUCACCAAACUUAGUGUCACAGGUGUUGGUAAUCCAUGUACUGACUCUAGUUUACUUUUGUCUCCUUCCUUGGCAUGUGUGGCUGCCUCUUCUGGAGAUUUAGCUAGAAAUGGCAUCACUGCUGAAGAAAAAUGCAGCAUACUAAUGGGAACUAUUUUAUCCUGUAUCAUAAAUAAGAUAAAAACAGAUUACAGUGGAAGGAUAUGUACAGAGGAACAAAGACAUAACAUCAUUGUGGAUAACAGGGAGAGUAUUGGUAGCAUGAUCAAUGUUGAUCCUAUGUCAUGUUUACCAACAUCAUCGUGUACAGACAUAAAAGCCAUUACAUACUAUAUACCAGUGAUAUGUGAAUCUCAAAUCAACUCCCUCAGAUCAUUAGGAAGUUGUGGCAACUUUUCUGAUGCUUUGAAGUGUUAUUAUUACCAUGUUGGUACAGAUAAAUGUGACAUGACUCAAUAUAUGAACACAGUCAGUACUAACUAUACAAAGUGGAUAGAAGAUAUAAAGAAACCAGAACCAAAUACAUGUAAUGUUGAUAUGGACUGGAUUGAUUCUGGAAGUAAAGUUUCCCUGUGUAGUGAUCCUGAUGCAGUCCAUUUGAUUGUUAAUAUGUAUUGUCCUAAUGACCUCAAGGAGUUUAUAUCAGCCAGCCAAGAUGAUAAAUGCAUGAAAGCCAGUAAUUUGGUUGUAUGUAUAGAACAACAACUUAAAGCUGUGUUAAAAGCUCCAUGUACAAUAGAAAGUAUCUAUCAACUGAUCAGUAUGUACCAGACUCAAGUUAUAGGCCUCUCCAAUCAACCAAGUAUUCUAGAUUGUCAUAUUGUGAUGACAACUCCUACAGAUGAAGGGACAACGAUGGAAGCUAUGACAACAAUGGAUCCACAAACAACAACAGCUACAAUAGUGGUUGUUGAAGGUGAAUUUGAGGCUAAUAUGAAAGUGAAUAAAACAUGGGAUGCAAAGUUUGAGGAUAAAAAUAGCACAGAAUACAAAGAGUUAACUGAAAAAUUCAGAAAUCAGACAUUGGCUUUGUAUAACUACAAGAACAGUUCUGUGGAAGUUGAAGACAUUGUCAUUUUAGAGGUCAGUAAAGGCUCUAUAGUGUUUGUCAUUUUGAUCAUUCUGAAGAAGGAUUCUCCAAACCUUCGAAAUUGGACCUCAGAAAAACUGUUUCAAGAAACAGCCUCAAUAAUUGAAGCUGUAAAAAAUGAUCCUGAAGUAGAUAAUUUAGACUUCGUAAAAACCAUUAAUACUGAGGAAAUCUCUGUUAAAGAAGUCACAGUUGUAUUAACAGAGUGUGAUAAAAAUACCUACAUUAAAAGAAUAAUACACAACAGUUGUGGUGCAGCACUGCGACGACUGACACAGGUACAAGAUUCUCAGGACAGGUGUAGAAUUUUUCUUCAAACCAUUGGAUGUGUUGUAUUCCAUGCCCAGCAAUGUUCUGUGGAGAAAGUGACUAAAACCAUGACAACACACUUCCAGGAUAUAGUAUCUGGUGUAGGGACAGUCACAGGCUUUGACCCAAGAUCCUGCUAUGCUUCAGUAGAUACAGUUGUUUUACCUACAAUGAUGCCAAUAACUUCCCCAGUCAGACCAUGUGUUCACCCUGAUGUAUUGUCCUAUAUAUUGAACUUUGAUUGUCACUAUGAUGCCAUACCCACAGAUAUUGAACAAGGUGCUUCAAUGACAGAAAAAUGCAGAUUUUAUUGGCAGUCAUCAGCAUGUGUGUAUAGAAUGAGUAGAAUGAACCCACUGCUACAGAGUGCAGGCACAUGUACAUAUAGUGACAUUACAAGUGUAUUACAACAACACGCCAGUCAGAUGUAUAGAGUUAAACCCAACAAUAGUACUCCUUCUGACUGUUAUAGCUAUAAUCGUGACCAAGAUAAAUGUUCCAGUUUUCUAUAUGAAUCAGAAAUGUACCAGGAUUUUGAUGACUGCCUUUACAAUGUCAUGAAGGCUAGGUUUGACACGGCGUUGGAUACUGCCAAUUUGACCUGUGUACUAUACGAAGAAGCAACAGAAUGUGUAUUUAGAUAUUACAAGUGGAAGGGACUAGACAGCUGUGUCAAGAGUCAGUUUGAAUCAGAUUUAAUCUGGAUGAUAAACAUGAGAGCUGCCCAGUGGUCACAGAUGAUGGGCAUGAAUAUAGAGGAACCAGAAAUUACACACAAAUGCAUAAGUAAUUCAACCAGUGGUCCAGAUUUUGGACACAGUAUAUGUGGAGAUGGAAGAGGGCUUAUUUUAUCAAGAACUGAAUGUAUUAGUGAAAUAUUGAUGUCUCAACCAUCAGAUUCUGUCUGCAGGACAUUUCAAGAUCGUUAUAUACCCUGUAUUAUGGAGAAGCUAUCUGAUCAUUUCAAUUGUACAAAUGAUGUUAUAAAGAGGAGUAUUUUGGAGGAAAAUCAUCUUAUUACAAAGUUAUCCAGAGGAAAAGUAGAUUUAUCAUCAUGUAUGUCAAUGAAUGGAACAGAUAUUUGUACAUCCUACAAACCAGAAGUUGUCAACUUUGAAGAUUGUUCAAUGGCUGUUUAUGGUUUUAUAAAUAAAACAGUAUCUACAGAGGUUCUUUGCAGUGGCUACAACGUUUUCCUUAAUUGUUUAUCAAUUAAAAAUGGAGAGAAAACUGGUAUGAUGUGCAAAAAGUCAUCUUUAAAGACAUGGCUGCCAGUCUAUCUGUCAGCAUUUACAACUGUGACAGAAACAAACAUAGGAGCAUGUAAUGUUCCUGAUGAUAAUGUAAACUACUGUAACAAUGUGAAAGAAGUAGAGACAAUGGCUAUGGUCAGUGGAUGUACAGCUUUUUCCAAAUAUUUGAUUCAUCCAAGCUGCCAAGUUUGGACACCAUAUAUUCGUUGUAUAGCUAAGAUGUUUCCAGCAUGUAAGACAGACCAGAUAGCUAAUACAUUACUUAACUCUUCAACCAUACAUGGACAUGUUCCUCAAGGUUAUGAUGUUAUGAAAUCCUGUUUCCCACCACCAGAUAAAACUUCAUCAAAGUUUGAAAUAACUGUGACAUUAGACCUUCCAUGGAAAGCAGAAUAUGCUGAUAAGAAUAGCGCAGAGUAUGCCAACUUUACAAUGAAAGUAGAGGAACAGGUGAGAGGUCUGAAUCAAGAGUACAGUGAUGUUAUUGAGUAUAUCAAAGUCAUUGAUGUCAGAUCUGGUAGCGUAGUUGUUGUAAUUGAAAUGAAAUACUACGUACCUAUAAAGGUAUCAGACAUAUCAUCAGGAACAGCCCAGAUGAUAAUGGCAGCCAAUAGAGAUCCAAGCUCACAGUUUGACCUUAUUAAAACUGGAGAUCCAUACAGUAUUAUUAUUGAACCAAAGGGAGAUGACACCCCAGUAACUGGUGUAUGUGGAAGCUACAAUGGUAGAGUAAUGAACAGUACUUUGUGUGCGGCUGCUGUGUAUGGAUUUGUCAAUAAUACAAAUGUGGAUCAAGAUUUACUCUGCAGUGCCUACAAUAUCUACUUGAACUGUUUACAUUUAACUAUGGAAAAAGAAACAGGAAAAGAUUGUAAAAGAUCAACUUUGGAUACAUGGAUGCCAGCUGCUUUACCAUAUAUGCUAAAUAUUCCAGACUCUCAAUUUAGAUCAUGUGAUGUUGAUGAUGAUGAUGUAUUUUCAUGUGGAAAUUUACAACUUCUGGAGAAGAUGGCUUUAAACAGUGCUUGUGCUGCUUAUGUACAAUACCUUCAAAGUCCAUCAUGCAGCUUGGUCUGGACUCCUUACCUUAAAUGUAUAGCUGAUAUAUUUCCAUCAUGUACAAUAAAUGGAGUAGCACAAACAUUGAUGACCUCAGCAAACUUCAGGGGUUUGGUACCACAAGGACUUGAUUUAAUAACCUCAUGUCUUCCAGAUGAGAGUUCAUCAAUGUUUGAAAUAACCAUUAAAUUUGACAUUCCAUGGAAGCCAGAAUAUUCUAAUACAGAUAGCAUAGAAUUUACAGACUUGGAAACCAGACUUGUAAAUCAGAUCAUGACAGCUGCAGGAAACAACAGUGCUGCAACAGAUUACUUAAAGGUUUUAGAACUAAGAGAAGGCAGUGUAAUAGCAGUAUUUCUGAUAAAAUAUUACUAUCUACUUAAGACAUCAGAUAUCAAAUCUGGCACAGUACAAAUGAUUCUUGGAGUUAGAAGUGACCCAAGUUCACAGCUUGAUUUAGUUAAGGUUGCAGAUCCAGAUAGUGUUAUUGUUGUAUCCAAAGCAGAUGACACAACAGGUUCAGAUGAUGUUUGUAAAAUUUACAAUAUGGAAGUCAUGUCUGUUCAGACUUGUAUUAUGGCUUUGUAUGGAUUUAUGAAUAAAACCAACAUAGACCAAGAUAUUUUCUGCAGGUCGUAUGAUAUAUACUUAGAUUGUAUACAUCAGACAGUCGAAAAAAACACAGACAAGAAGUGUGCCAGGACAUCACUUAAUGGAUGGAUGCCUGCUAUAUUACCAAGCUUUCUACCAAAUAUUCGACAAUCACAAAUCAGAUCUUGUAAUGUGAAUGAUGAAGAUUUAGAUUCCUGUCAUAAUACAGAACUAAUAGAAACCAUGGCGAUGAACAGUGCAUGUUUUACUGGAUAUGGGCCUUCUUUACAGUAUCCAUUUUGUCAAAUCUGGCUCCAGUUUAUCAACUGUACAGCUAUGACUUUUCCAUCAUGUACUAUCAGAGAUGUUGCAGAGACUUUGGUCAAAUCAAAUUUUACCAACCAUAUACCACAGGGAUUUGAUAUACUCACUUGUUUGCAAGAUGACACAACAGAUUCAGAAGAUGUUUGUAAAGUUUUAAAUGUAGAAGUCAUGUCUGUUCAGACUUGUAUUAUGGCUUUGUAUGGAUUUAUGAAUACAACUAACAUAGACCAAGGUAUUUUCUGCAGAUCAUACACUAUAUACUUAGAUUGUAUACAUCACACAGUUGAAGAAAGCACAGACAAGAAGUGUGCCAGGACCUCACUUAAUGGAUGGAUGCCAGCUAUAUUACCAAGCUAUCUACCAAAUAUUCCACAGUCACAAAUCAGAUCUUGUAAUGUGAAUGAUGAAGAUUUAGAUUCUUGUCAUAAUACAGAACUAAUAGAAACCAUGGCGAUGAACAGUGCUUGUUUUACUGGAUUUGGCCCAUCUCUACAGUAUCCAUUUUGUCAAAUCUGGCUCCCGUUUAUCAACUGUACAGCUAUGAGUUUUCCAUCAUGUUCUAUCAGAGAUGUUGCAGAGACCUUGGUCAAAUCAAAUUUUACCAGCAAUAUACCACAGGGAUUUGAUAUACUCGCUUGUGUGCCAGUUGAGAGAUCAAAUUUAUUUGAAAUCACCAUCAAAUAUAAUAUUACCUGGAUGCCAGCGUAUGCUAAUUUAGCAAGCACAGAAGCCAUGGCAUUAGGGACCAGACUUGUACAAGAGAUCAUCACCUAUUCUGGAAACACCAGUGCUUAUUUUGAAUCAUUAAAGGUUAUAGAACUAAGAGAAGGCAGUGUAAUAGCAGUAUUUCAGCUUAAAUAUUAUAAUGUUGUUCAACUGAGGACAUCAGAAGUCAAAUCAGGCACAGAACAAAUGAUUCUUCAAGUCAGGGGUGAUCCCAAGACACAGUUUGAUCUGUUGAAGGUUGCAGAUCCAGAUAGUGUUAUUGUUAAAUCAAAAACAGAUAAAAACCAGACAACUGAUGUGUGUGCAGUUAUUUCUGAGAAUAUAGUCUUCCCUGAUGCAUGUGGUAUAGUUUGGUUAAGUGUUUAUAACAAAACCAAUAUAGAUCAAGACUUCUUAUGCAGUAUCUACGAAAUUUACUUGGGUUGUAUACAGUCUGCACAAGAAGAGAAAACUGGCAAAGAAUGUAAAAGAACAUCAUUAGCUUCUUGGAUACCAAACACUAUAUUAGCAUUCUUACCUAAUAUAAAGGAUACACAACUCAGGGCUUGUAGUAUAUCCAAUGAUAAAGAUAUAUGUAAUGACCCAAAGACUUUAGAAGUAGCAGCUGUAAACACUACUUGUUCUAUUGCCAUUUUUUAUUUCCAUUUUACACCAAAGAUUUCAUGCAGAAAUGUUACUGAUUAUUUUGACUGUUUGGGUGGAUUUUUACCACAAUGUGACAGAACAGACAUGGUAAAGAAGAUUGUAGAAUUACCUGUGUUUAAAGCUGUUGUACCUGACCAUUUUGAAGCUCUCCAUUGCUAUGGAGGUGGAGGUGAUGUAUGUUUGAAUUAUACAAACUACAUGUUAGUCCAGGACGAAGAAGACUGUACAGAAGCCAUUGGUCAAGAUGGACAACAAGAUCCUUUUGGACUGUUAUGUAAAAAAUACAAUGUUUAUUUAAGUUGUGUGACAACAAAUAUCAAAGAAAGCCAUCAAUGUGAAAAGUUUUCCCUACAUACCUGGUUGCCUGGAUACAUAGAUAGACGUUACAAUAUAUCUGGUGCAGACAGAUGUAAUGUGACCAAUGAAAACUAUUGUAAUGAUAUACACACUAUAGAACUGAUGAUAAACACUACAAAAUGUGGAUACUAUCUAGAUGUAAUGGCAUCAUAUCCAAGUUGUCUAAAUGCCAGGAUGUUUUUGGAAUGCAUGGGAGGACUUUUUCCUGGUUGUGAUGAAUAUAUGUUUGCACAGACCAUGGUCAACUCAAUUAUUAAAAACAGAAUUCCACAGACUUUUAAUCCAAUGGCAUGUUUCGGAGUGAGUGGUCCAUCUAAGUUUGUGGCUGAAGUGAAAAUAAAUGCAACUUGGGAUGAGGAUCUAAGUUCUGCAGAGACUAGUAAAUACAGACAAUUAAAAUCAACAAUUGAACAACAGGCACGGAUGCUGUUCUCCAACAAAGUUCUCUUCUUAAAAGACCACAUAGAAUCCAUAGAUGUUCUUAGUUUCAAACCUGGCAGUAUUAUAGUUGAAUUUGCUGUCAUCAUAAAAAUGAAUUCAGACUAUUAUAAAACUUUGCAACUUGAGGACUUCAGACAAGAACUUCUGAGAGCGAUAAAAGAAUUGAAGAUGAAUCCCCCAACAGCACCAAACUACUUUACAUCUGUUGAUGUUGACAGCAUAAAUAUUACAGGCAGUGAUGAUGGUCACCCAGAAGUGUCAACACCCUCUACCACAACACUUGCACCUGAUUGCAAUAGUUUGACGUACAUAUCAAGUAUUGUAGAUAGUCAUUGUGAGUCAGCAAAGUCCCGACUAGCACGGGUUGACAAAGAUAGAAAGUGCAGUGUACUUUUAGACAUGAUCGGAUGUGUACUGUUCCAUACACAUAUCUGCAACAAGGAACAAAUAGUUUCAACAAUGUCCAGGGACUCUUGGUCGAUGAUAGGACAAAAUAUAUCAGUGUUUGAUCCAAUCUCAUGUUUUGGUCCAGGAAAUGAAGUUGUACUGCCGACCAUUGUUCCACUGAAUGUGACCAUGAUGCCUUGUGUUCAUCCUGAUGUAGUUCACUACAUUCUAAACUAUGACUGUUAUUACUACGGGUUACAGAAACAAAUGCAGGGAGAUGAUAAACUUGACAGUUGCAGAAUGUAUUGGUACUCUUCUGCUUGUCUCUAUGGAACAUUACAGACAAACAAAGAUCAACUAGGACACUGUUCUUUAGAAGAAGUAAAUGGUGUUCUAACUAAAUAUGAAGAUGAAUUGUUUAAAGUUUCCCCAGAUAAUGUCACUAUGUCAGAAUGUCUUGGUUUAUACAAGUCAGCAGAUAAAUGUUCCAGAGCAAUGUAUAGGGAAGAUGUUUUCAUAUUAUUCCAGACUUGUUAUGGGACUGCUGUGGCAAACAGAAUGUCUGCUGCAUAUGGUAUAAUGGAUCUAUCUGAUUACCCAUGUCUUAUUUACCAAGAAAUGUCAGAAUGUUUAUACAGACCAAUUAAAGAACAUCAACUAUGCCUGGCUAAUGAGACAGAGGUGAUGGAAGAUCACAUGAUCUGGCUAACCAAUGGUUUAAAUGAUAUUAUGUCUAUAGCGAUGGGAUCUCCACUUGAAGAGAGAAAGACAGUAGAGAAAUGUAUAGCUAAUGUAACAAAGACACCAGACUUUGGUCAGGAUCUGUGUGAUGAUGGUGCUGGGCUUAUUAUGUCAGAAAUAACUUGUUUAUUUUACAUUAAUGAUCCUGUGUGCAAUUCGUUGGGGUCAGCAUAUAUUCCUUGUUUGUCAAAUGGCUUAUCAAGGAAAAGGAUAUUUUGUUCAGCGGAAAGAAUUUGGCGUAGUCUAAGUACAGUGGGUGAUUUGUUUGGAAAGUUAACCCAGGGUAGAGUGGACAUUUCUAGCUGCAAUAGAGAUACAGGCAGCAAACAGGGAACCUGUCCAGCUGUUGGUAACCAUACUGUUGGUACCUGUGUGGAGGAAUGCUCAAGAGAUUAUAAUUGUACAGGGGACCAGAAAUGUUGCUCUAAUGGAUGUGGUCAUGUCUGUAUGGAUCCUGAUUCCAAAAAAGACGACGACGGCAGGUUUAACAUUACCAUUAGAUUUGACUUAGACUGGAAACCAGAAUAUGGAGGAGAAAACAGUACUUUUAGAACAACACUUACCAAUGAGCUAAAUAAGAUAAUAGCCAGCAGUGAGUUGAAGACCUACUUGAAGUAUAUCAGAGUUGUGGUGUUAAGGCCAGGCAGUAUCAUAGCUGGGUGUGAGGCUGAGUUUUAUAUGGACAUAACAGAACAGAAACUUGAGAUGACCUUGAAAACAAGAAUAGAGGAAAUCCAAGGUGACCCAGAGUACACCAUCUUACAGAAAUGGUCAGAUCUGUCUGUUGAAACACUCCCAGGUGAUACUGGCAACAAACAAGGAACCUGUCCAGCUGUUGGUAACCAUACUGUUGCUACCUGUGUGGAGGAAUGCUCAGGAGAUUAUUAUUGUACAGGGGACCAGAAAUGUUGCUCUAAUGGAUGUGGUCAUGUCUGUAUGGAUCCUGAUUCCAAAAAAGACGACGAUAGCAGGUUUAACAUUACCAUUAGAUUUGACUUAGACUGGAAACCAGAAUAUGGAGGAGAAAACAGUACUUUUAGAACAACACUUACCAACGAGCUAAAUAAGAUAAUAGCCAGCAGUGAGUUGAAGACCUACUUGAAGUAUAUCAGAGUUGUGGUGUUAAGGCCAGGCAGUAUCAUAGCUGGGUGUGAGGCUGAGUUUUAUAUGGACAUAACAGAACAGAAACUUGAGAUGACCUUGAAAACAAGAAUAGAGGAAAUCCAAGGUGACCCAGAGUACACCAUCUUACAGAAAUGGUCAGAUCUGUCUGUUGAAACACUCCCAGGUGAUACAGGCAACAAACAAGGAACCUGUCCAGCUGUUGGUAACCAUACUGUUGGUACCUGUGUGGAGGAAUGCUCAGGAGAUUAUUAUUGUACAGGGGACCAGAAAUGUUGCUCUAAUGGAUGUGGUCAUGUCUGUAUGGAUCCUGAUUCUAAUUAUAACCCUUCAUAUGAGUUUGAAAUUACCAUAAAAUUUGGCAUUCCUUGGGAUGCAGAGUAUACUGAUAAAGCCAGUGGAAAAUAUCAGAACUUAACAAGAGAAAUUCUAAAACAGAUGACGAUAGCAUCAGGAAAUUUUAGCUCAUACAUUGCCUCCAUGAAGAUUACAGAUCUAAGACAAGGCAGUGUGUAUGUGGUGUUUGAAGUGAAGUAUUACAUUCAGUUAACAGCCAGUGAUAUAAGAUCAGGAAUGUUAGGGUUUGUUACUGCAGCAAGGAUGGACCCUAAAUCUGAGCUUGAUCUGAUCAAAGCUGUUGAUACUGACCAUAUCUAUGUAAAAAUAAUAACAGAUGUAACACCACCCCCUACUACAACACCUGCACCUGAUUGCAAUAGUAUGACGUACAUAUCAAGUAUAUUAGAUAGUAAAUGUGACUCAGCCAAGUCUCAACUAAGAUUGGUUGACAAAGACAGGAAGUGCAGAGUUCUAUUAGACAUGAUUGGAUGUGUACUGUUCCAGACAGGUAUCUGCAACAAGGAACAAAUUGUUUCAACAAUGUCCAGGGACUCUUGGUCUAUGAUAGGACAAAAUAUAUCAGUGUUUGAUCCAAUCUCAUGUUUUGGUCCAGGAAAGGAAGUUGUACUGCCGACCAUAGUUCCACUGAACGUGACCAUGAUGCCGUGUGUUAAUCCUGAUGUAGUUCACUACAUUCUAAACUAUGACUGUUAUUACUACGGGUUACAGAAACAAAUGCAGGGAGAGGAUAAACUUGACAGUUGCAGAAUGUAUUGGUACUCUUCUGCUUGUCUCUAUGGAACUUUACAGACAAACAAAGAUAAACUAGGACAAUGUUCUUUAGAAGAAGUAAAUGGUGUUCUAACUAAAUAUGAAGACGAAUUGUUUAAAGUUUCCCCAGAUAAUGUCACUAUGUCAGAAUGCCUUGGUUUAUACAAGUCAGCAGAUAAAUGUACCAGAGCAAUGUAUAGUGAGGAUGUUUUCACAAUAGUCCAGACCUGUUAUGGGACUGCUGUGGCAAACAGAAUAUCUGCUGCAUAUGGAAUAAUGGAUCUGUCUGAUUACCCAUGUCUUAUUUACCAAGAGAUGUCAGAAUGUUUAUACAGACCAAUUAAAGAACAUAAACUAUGCCUGGCUAAUGAGACAGAGGUGAUGGAAGAUCACAUGAUCUGGCUAACCAAUGGUUUAAAUGAUAUUAUGACUAUAGCGAUGGGAUCUCCACUUAAUGAGAGAAAGACAGUACAGACCUGUAUGGCUAAUGUAACAAAGACACCAGACUUUGGUCAGGAUCUGUGUGAUGAUGGUGCUGGUUUGAUAAUGUCAGAAAUAACUUGUUUAUAUUCUAUAGGUGAUCAAAUCUGCAAUUCGUUGGAGUCUUCAUAUAUUCCUUGUUUGACAAAUGGAUUGUCAAGGAAAAGGAUAUUUUGUUCAGCGGAAAGAAUUUGGCAUAGUCUAACUGCAGUGAGUGAUUUGUUUGGAAAGUUAACUUAUGGUAAAGUGGACAUUACUAGCUGCAAUAGAGAUACAAGCGACAAACAAGGGAAUUGUCCACCUAUUGGAAAUAAUACUGUUGGUAUCUGUGUGGAGGAAUGCUCCAGAGAUUAUAAUUGUACAGGGAACCAGAAAUGUUGUUCAAAUGGAUGUGGUCAUGUCUGUAUGGAUCCUGAUUCUAAAAAAGACGACUCUAGCAGGUUUAACAUUACCAUUAGAUUUAACUUAGACUGGAUGCCAGAAUAUAGAGAAGAAAACAGUACUUUUAGAUCAACACUCACCAAUGAGUUAAAUAAAAUAGUAGACAGCAGUGAGUUAAAGGCCUACUUGAAGUAUAUCAGAGUUGUGGUGUUGAGACCCGGCAGUAUCAUAGCUGAAUGUGAGGCUGAAAUAGAUAUGGAUAUAACAGAACAGAAACUUGAAAUGACCUUGAAGACAAGAAUAGAGGAAAUCCAAGGUGACCCAGAAUACACCCUCUUACAGAAAUGGUCAGAUCUGUCUGUUGAAUCACUCCCAGAAUCAGAAGAUGCAUGUUCAGAUAUGACUAAGAUAGGCAGAGAAUUACAGUUGUGCUCUUCAUAUCUGAACUAUAUUCAACAUAAAGACAAUACAACUAACUGUGGGUUGUACAACUAUUUCAUGAACUGUGUGAUAAGCAGUGUAACAGCCAAUAGACAAAAGUGUACAAGAGACUCUCUAGAAGGAAUCAUGCAAACUGUAUUUGAGUCUUUUGGUCUAUCAGAUUUAAUGACUUUACUCAGUUGUCCAGGACAGGGUUCUGUGUAUUAUAGAGCUGAUUUAGAAUAUAUGAAAACAGUUAUCAGAUCUCACUUUUCUGAUACCCGACACCAUGAUCCACAAUACAGUGCCUACAAGCAAGCUGCUAAACAAUUUAUCUUUGAUGAGUUCAAGAGAUUUGGAUUAGACACUGAGUACCAUACCUUUAACGACACAGCAGUUUCAUCUACAGCAACUUUUCAAUCAGUGAUUGGAGUACUCAAAGGAACAAGAUUCGGAACAGCUGAUGAUUUGAUUUCGGGUCUUGGUGCACAUUAUGACACAGUUAACACAUCCAAAGGAGUGGAUGAUAAUGGUUCCGGUGUGGCAGCCAUGUUGGAAGUCGUCCGACAAAUCACUAAUAUAAAUAAUUCAGGAUACAAGAGCAAAAACACAAUUAUAUUUGUCUCUUUUGAUUUAGAAGAAUAUGGAGGGUUGUCUGGAAGUAGGAACUUUCUACAGGACUGGAUCACUCCAUGGCUGAUAAAGAAUUAUGGCUCCAUACCAACAAAACUACUUGGUGUUAUUAUCCUUGACACAAUAAUGGAGUAUAACACUUCUAGCCAAUCACAGGUCUUUCCACUAGGUGCAAUGGACCAGUUUCAGCAAUAUUUCCCAAGUGCUGUUGAAAGUAUACUAUCAGAUGAUGCUAGAGGCGACUUCAUCUCUUUAAUAUACCGUCAACCUACUGACGAUAGAGUUCUGGCUGAGACAUUUGGCUCAUCCUGGGCAGCUGCAGGAAGGUCUGAGUUUGAGAUCGAAUCGUUCCCGUUGCCAUUUGGAGACUUAUCGAGCAUUCCACAGGAAAAUCUAGCACUUAUGUAUCAAUUCCUGAGAAGUGACCAUUACAAUUUUUGGGGAGCUAAUUUACCUGCCAUAUUUCUUACUGAUUCAGCCAAUUUCCGUGGUGAUAUGAUACAAUGUUACCACAACCCUUGUGAUGACCUUGACACAAUGCUGACAGAUGAAAAUGUCAAUUUCAUGGGUAAAACAGCAGACACAGUUACAGCUACCAUUCAUAGACUUUCAGAACCUUUCACAACAGAUAUAUGUGAGGACAGCAUGUUGAUGGAAUUGAUAGUUAAUCAAUCAUGUAACUCAUAUCUACAAGGAUUUCAGAACCAAUCCUCUUGUCAAGCACUUAGUAGCAUUGUUGAUAGAUGUUUAAGUCCACUAAUGCCAGGAGUAACAUGUGACAGGAACAGAAUGUUGUCACAUGUUGUAACCAUGGUAAUGGUUGCUAAGAUGUUACCAGUUGGAUUUGAUAUCUCAACUUGUGGUGCUUCCAACCACUCCAAUAAUGCUAAUCAGUCUAUACCUGACAUGUGUUUAGGACAGUGGGGAAGCUGUGAAUCUCAACAAGAUUGUCAUAUGGUCACAUGGUCAUAUAACCCCAAUACACAGAUGAUUUCAUUUAAUGUAACAGCAGCUAUAUAUCCUGAUCAAUGGCUUGGUGUUGGAUUUAAUGGACAGAAAACAAUGGCUGGUUCAGAUGCCUUAGUUGGAUGGAUAACACCCCAAUCAACAGUUACAGUUACUGACAGAAAUAAUCCAUCUUACUAUGGUUCAUUCUUAGACACAACACAAAAUGUUGAAAAUGCUGCUUGGGACAGGUUGAAUGGAAUAGAAUCAUUAACAUUUCAACGUCAUAGGGAUACAAAGGAUAGUACUGACUUUAUAUUCUCUGAAGAUAACUGUGCUUACUUCAUUUAUCCAAUGGGAGGACGUUAUAAUGAGAAUGAUAAAAGUAUAAAUAAGCAUAGCAAGACACCUACAUUUUCAUUGAAACAACAUUGUUUCCCAUGUGCAGAUGUGUGUACAUCUAAAGAAUUAUUUAGAAAGAUGGGUAACACUGAGUGUAGAUCUCAGGUAGAUAGCUUUAGGGAAAGUGAUGAUCUUCCUACUUUUUGUGGGAAAUUACAAAGAAUUACUGAGUGCCUUCAGACGAAUUUGCCGACACAUGGAUGUUCUAGUACUAUCAAAGACUCAACAUAUCCCGUGUUACUCACCCUGCUCAGUGAACUCGUUAGAUUUGAUACAUUGUCAAAAGCUAUAAGCUGUUCAUCAGCUGCGUAACAUAUGUGUACAACAUAUAAAUAGUACUGAUGCAAUAUUCAAACAAAACUUAUUGUUAAAAAGUAUUUAUUAUGCUGAUGUAAUAUACAAAACUUACACAAAAUAUUAAGAAUGAAGAGAUAUUUUUAUAAAGGUGAUAAACAAAAUAUUUCUAAUGCUUAUGCAAUAGUCCCAGAAAAUUAUUGAAUGAACGAAGUAUUUAUAAUGCUGAUGUAAAAGUCCCACAAUAUAAUAGGUUUGGUGCUGUGAUGUCUGUAACCAACAAAUAAGUUACUUAUAAAUGAUGUUUAGUAAAGUUUUUGUUAUGUCAGAGUCUAUAAGUAAAUAAAAUCAUUGUGUACUUUAUAGGGAUCUUUGAUUGUUUGUUUUGUACUUAAGAAUGAAAUAGAGUUCCAAACUAAAUCCUAAAUAAACUGGAAACCUGGCAUUAAUUUCUAUAAAAAUAAAUUUUCAGAAAUUCAUCUAAAUUAUGUUUUGAAUAUUUUCAUAACACUCCAACAAUUUUGUUGACAAAUGGGAACAUCUUCACUUUUUUUGUUGGUAUGGCGAUAAGUUGAAUCAUUCUUAAUGUUACCAUUUUCUGAAUUUUCUAUGCUCUUUUAGCCACAGAUAGUUUGUUUAUCUAUGUUACCACCAUUUAAGUAUUACUUUAGAAUAUUGAUCCUGCUGAGGGUUUAUUUUGCUGAAAUGUUUCACAAAUUUUGAACCAAAUAUGUUUUAUAUAGGACUUUUUAUAGGUGUAUUAUACAUGGGGCUUAGGAAAUGUUUUUAUCAUAAUAUAAAAUGUACUUGGAGACCCCUAUUUAUGCAUCUUAUUCAUAUUGUCUUCAGGAAAUAUAUUUGAUUCUUGUAAACAAGAAAACCAAGGUUGUAACACCUAAACUGCUAGUUUAUUUAAACCUCUUGAAAUCCAUUACAACCAGGUUGGUUUUAAGCAUCUAAUAUCCAGCUUGGUUUUCAACAUUUAAAAUCCAUAUCAUUCUUGUUAACAAGGAAACCAUGUUGGUAUUUAGUGCCUAGAACUUGGCUUGUUGUAAAACACUUGAAAUCCAUUUAAUUCUUGUAAACUAUAAAAACCAGAUAGGUUUUAAGCACCUGAGAUCCAAGUUUAUUUUAAUCACUCGAAAUCCAUUUUAUUCUUGUAAACUUGAAAUCCAGUUUAACUUUAAAACACCUGAAAUUUAAUAUGGUGUAAAUUCAGAAACUAUUGCAUUCAUUUAUUAUUGAUUGUGAAAAUGGAAACCCAAAUUACGAGAUUAAAAUAUAGUUAUCAAAAAAAAAGAAUAUGAUUUGUUUAUGUUAUUUGAAAUAUUAAUUAAGUUAUCAUGAAAAAUUGUUCACAUUAAUAAAAAAAACAUAACAAUAAAUUUCUGAAUUUAAAGUAUUCUCACACAACAGAAUGAUGUGAAGGGCUUUAUAGCUUUUGCUUGAUUUUUUUAAUAUUUAAAUAUUCGGAAAUAUCUUAGUUUGAAGUCUGUAAUCUACAAAUAUAUAUCAAUGAUAUUCUCUAUAUUUUUUUGUAUUUCAUAUUUAUUACAAAAAUAUGAAAUUCUUUUUUGUUGUUGGGUGGCUGGCCAUCCAUUAUUUUACAGAAAAAUAUACUUAAAAGAUUUUUAUAUUUUUUUUCAAUUCAUUUAUAUUAUGUUUAUAUAUGGUGUCCUCAUAACACUUUAAUAUUCAUGAAAUUUUUGUAUAGAACAAAAUAUACAUUUAUUUUAUAUGGCAUUACUUCAGAAUUAUAUACAUAUCACAGAUCCAUUUAAAAUCAUUUCAUACAAAUGCUCUAAGAGUAUUGUCAUAAUAAUAAGUUCCGUUAGUUAUAUGGAUUACAUUCUGAUAAAGAUCAUUUAUAUGGCCAAGGAAAUUGCCCAGCGUUUAGAUAAAAAAAAGUUGAAUAAAAAAACUUAUUAACUAAAAUUAAAAUAACUAGUUUUAAGAAAUAGUGUAACGAACAGCAUUAUACUUAUUACUUACUGGGAAAGUACUCUUAUUAGGGAAUUGAAACUUUUGAGAAAUCCGUUGGUUUGUGAGUUUUAGACUUCGAAAUUCACUGACUAUCAUUCAUUAAUUUAGCGUUAAUACACAUAAUUAUUUAUGUUUAAGACAAAUCGUCCAGAAAAAUUAUUCCAAUAAAUAAAUGUACUUGCUCGUAUUAUUAUGCAAUUUAUCAUCUAUCAUAGAUUUACAAUAACUCAAAUGUAAAUUUUUUCCUUUAAUUUUUAUUUAUAUGUAUUGAAAUUGGUAUUGAAUUUUAAAUAUUUUGAUUAUAAUGUACUAUGAAAACUUUUGCCCUGUGCUGUCUGUAACCAUGGAAAUGAAAGUCCAAAAGCCUUUUUUUGUUGUUGCCAGUAACAACACACAGGAAGCACUUUUAUUAAAAUAAAAAAUAAUAAAAA